AUGUUUCCCCCGCAACCCCGGACUUGCGGACAAAGCGCCGGGACUUUCUCCGGUUCGGCUUCCCAGCCAAAUAGGUCUCGGCAGAUUAAUGAGGUCAGUGUCACUUUCCAAACUGUGAGCAAUUAAUAAUCGCAAAUGGUUUAUCUUAAUGAAAUCGUCCGGUAAUCGGGUCCGUGUUUUGGUGAGUGUCCCUCAAAGCGACAAGGUUAGAUCUUCGUAACUAACAGGCAAAUAGAACAACACGAUGUUCGGCUUCAAGUCCUUUAUUCUGUUAUUGUUCAGUUAUCUGGUACUGGCCAACGACAGCGCCAGGCUUCCUCUAUCAUAUAGGGCCUCCCCUGAAGGCUUAUACGGGCCGCCGAAGCCUGCUGGUUCCGUCUCUUUGCUCGACUAUGUCAAUUCGAGGACCGACCUUAGCGUCUUAGCCAAAGUUCUUCGAGAUAGCUCAGGUUUUACACAGGCAUUCGAUACCGUGCCCACUUGGAAUUUUACCUUUUUUGCGCCCUCGGACACGGCAUUCAACCACACUGGGGAGUAUUUCAAUACUUACGCGGAAACGCCAAAAGGAAAGUGGUGGCUCGGGAAUCUAGUACAACAUCACUAUAUUCCCAACUCAAAACUAAGUGUCUCCUCAUUCUCGACCAACUACACUCGAUUUCAGACGGGCACAUUCCUUUAUGUCGGCGCGCAGGUUACCGAUGGGAACCUUGUUCUCAAUCGGGCAUUAAAUGUAGUCGAAGCGGAUAUCUCGGUGACCAAUGGCCUGGUACAUAUUAUUGAUCGGAUUCUCGACCCGUCGACCAUGGUAUUUGAGGGAGAUAUAGAAAAGACAAAGCAGAGCUUCAUUGCGGGAAGUUGUUCGAAUCCAGACUUGCCUUACUGUUAAGUAUUGAAGCCAUAUUCUCUUAUAGAAUAUGGGGUAGAAUUUGGGGCGAGGGAUGGAAGUCUGAAAUUGAAGAAGCUGCAGAUGAAUAUCUACCUAGGUACCUACCUAGUAGUUAAAAUAAUAUUCAAUAUACCUAGGAAGGAACACUUACA